AUGAAGCGUCUCAGCAGCCACCACGCCAUUGUCUGCGGCGCCGCGAGCGCCGCCGCUAGCACGCGAUCUUGCGACGUUGUAGGCGGCGGCAGCUCCUGCACGGCGACCUCGUCGCUCUUCGCGGCGAAGCGAGGCCGAUUUUACCGCCCGCUGGUGAACCAGGGUAUCAACCUGUGGCGCUCCCGCAUGGGUCGUCACCACAAAGGGUGGACGACCUGGGAGUACAACCGCGACGUCGUACCCGACCCACGGCCGUUCCCGGAGCCGGCGGUGAACAACUACUUCGGUCGCUCGCGCAUCUGGAACCCGAUUGCAGGCAAGAUCGGCCUUGUCAACCGAAAGGCAGAGGAGUGGGGGUGGCCACAUCAACGGCCACCGCCGACGGGCCUGCGGCGGUCGCCUGAGUACUUCCCCUUCUUCUUCAGCCGGUACUUCCCGGACGUCGAAGUGCGGCUGGUGCUGGACAGCGUCCUGAACAACGAGACGACGCGACCUAUCUUUCACAUCCCACAGGACAUGUCGAAGCAGGAGCUGGUGAACUACCUCAAGAACAUCUAUAACAUCGACAACGUCGUCCGCAUCAGCGUGCGCAAUAUGCGCGGGCGACGCUUCAAGAACGAGGUGGGCGAGAUCAAGAGCUUGCCGGACUACAAGGUCGCGGUUGUCGAGCUCGACUCGCCGGUGUCCAUUGUGUUCAAGCAGAUCAAGGGUACCGAGGAUACCCCUGACAACAAGCCGGUAGCGCAAAUCGCGUAA